CUGGCGAUAAACACCUUAGCGAACGCCAUCAUCAUCACCACCAACCGAGGCGAUCCCUGCAUGGUGGGUCUCUCGUCCCUGGCCGCUGCCAGAAGUCCCGAGCCACCAAAGGGAGCAGCAGCAGCAACUACGUUAUAAGCCGACACUCCCCAGGACAUCGAGACGCUUUCCAAGUGUCCCCAGCGGAUUAUAAUAAUACACUUCGCCCUUACGUUCGUUUCGCCAUUACAGAUGUAGGGGUCAGGUCACCAUCCCAUGUCGUCGUCCCAUGCCAUGCAGUCAUCCUUACGAGAUGUGCUGGGCUGGGUGUGGCAGACUGUCAUGUCGUGGCUGGCGUCGAUAACGUCGAGGUUCGACGACCACCUCUGCCUCGAGAGACCGACGCCAGAAAUGGUGGUCAAGGCGGCAGCGGAUCCGGAAAUGGCCGUGGAGAACGACGCUAAGGUGCCCGUGGAAGGGGGAGGAGGAGGAGAAGGAGGCGCUCGAGUUGAGAAGACUAUAGACGCAGUUUUGUAUAUUGAGGAAGAAGACGCGAAAAUCGAUCAGAUGGAGGACAACCUGUUGUCACGUGAUAGCGAGGAGAUACCCCAAACUGCAGAACAUGAAUUGGUUAUUUCUGAUGACCAUAAUGGCAGUUUAAAUGCCAGUACUACAGGCGCCGCUGAAGAAGGAGGUCACUCUGAUCCUGCUGUGAACGGUGCCUCUGCUAGUGAGGAUUCUGCUGCUGCUACUGAUUCAGCAGAGAAGGAAAAUGCACCAGAUGAAAGCGAGGCAUCAGAGGACAGCAGUAAUGAAGACAUUGACGAUAUCUUUCCUUUCGCUGAUUCGAUUUUCGGGUCUUCAGCUCCUCCCAGGAAACCUAAGGAUCGUAGAGGUCCCUCAGACACCAACAACAAGGGCACCACCAGAAACAAGGGCAAGAAUCCUCAUAACGUGAACGAGGAUGAUCCCUGGGUGGAAGGAGAGGCGGGGAAGGAGAAGGAGGAAGAGGAUACUUCUGUCACGUGGAUGGUGAAAGUAGGCCUAACGAAGGAGUCCUACGAGAGAGCUCUGUACCCACAGUACUAUGUACUGGAAUUCAGGAGUGCAGUUUCCCUUGAAAAGGAGAUGGUGGAGACUGCAUUAAAACAACUGCGCAGUUUAUUGCCCUGGUUGGGUCUUGGCUUGAAGAGACGGAAGAAAGAAAUGUGGCUAUGUUUGCACCCUGAAGGAAACAUAAAUUUUAAGAUGACCUACGGCGACUCGAGUCUUUGGGACGUGAUCGCCAACAGCUGCGACGAGUUCGCUUACACGGAGGACAAGCUGUUGCAUUCAUUCAUGCUGAUGAACGCCCAACCCUGCAGUCAAUGUCAGGCAUUCGUCGAUGGCAGUGCCUGUGGAAACUCUGAGACACUCUGCGAAUCCUCAGAGCAUUCUGCAUCUGGUGAACUCUCCUCUGCAGAAUCUUCUAACUGUUGCCAUGCCCCUGGCAUCACUACAGCUGUUCAGGGUGAUACAACAGGUGAAACUUCCUCUGCAGAAUCUUCUAAUUGUUGCCAUGCCCCUAGUAUCACUAUAGCUGUUCAGGGUGGUACAGCAGGUGAACCUUCCUCUGCAGAAUCUUCUAACUGUUGCCAUGACCCUGGUAUCACCACAGCUGUUCAGGGUCGUACAGCAGGUGAACCUUCCUCUGCAGAAUCUUCUAAUUGUUGCCAUGCACCUGGUAUCACUACAGCUGUUCAGUGUAGUACAACAGGUGGAUGUUCCUCUGCAGAAUCUUCUAACUGUUGCCAUGCCCCUGGUAUCACUACAGCUGUUCAGGGUGGUACAGCAGGUGAACCUUCCUCUGCAGAAUCUUCUAACAUUUGCCAUGCCCCUGGCAUCAGUACAGCUACUGUGGAUGACGCUUGUCGAGAUAAAAACUCAGAAAGUGAUGAAAUUCUGUCCAGUGCCACAGGUAGUGAUAGCAAGUGCCCUUCUCCGACAAGUGUGUCUUGUUCCCCUGUGGACAGUGCAGACAAAAUACCCCUUCCUGUGUCAGAAAUGUCACCUUCUGUAAUUGUAAAUAAUCCUCCCAGUCAAGAGGCCAGUAGUAACUGUGCCAGUGAGACUGUCAGCUAUGAAAAUGCUCCAGUUGAAGAGAGCCAAAAACCGACGCCUGUUACUAUCAGUGAGAAAGUCAAAUCGUUUCCUCAUAAUUAUCGCUUGGUGUUUGGCGUUCCCCAGUCUCUAGCCGAUGAAAAAUCAUUUAGUGCGAUCUGUGAUGGAUUUAUCCUUAAAUUAAGUACUUUGAUAUCCGAGUCUGCUAAAGCUUCGGCUAGCAGUGAUUCUACAGGUGAUGUCAGUGAGCACAGUGGGAAGGAGGAGUGUGAUGGAAGGUCUUCAGAGUCUGUACAGAAGACAAAGAACGAAUCAGCUGGCGAGGAAUCUGAUGAAACGCCCUCCCAAUCGAACAGUGAUGUCCGCAGAGUGGAUUUGAUUAGUGACGAGAUGGCGAACAUCUUACAGCAUUUCAGUGUCGUAGCAGAUGUUUUAGUUACUGACGAAAACAGUGAGAGCGGAGAGUCUGCAGUACCAAACAACGACGCCAGCAAAAUUGACAGGAACAGUCCCCACGUAGACAGAACUUUACAGUCCGACUGUACCAAAAAUUUCAUGAACAAGUGCAAGUCCGAGCGGAUAUCUUUCAUAAGUGGGUUUGCCUCUUGCCUCAAUGCAGCGAUCAGUCGGACCUUAGUUAAGGGCGAGGUUUGGAAAGACGACGACCAUUUAUCAGAGAAGGAAGAUUUGAAUAUAAGCUAUAGCAUUUCUCAUUACUACAACAUGGACGACCUCUACGACCACGAAUGGCGUGAUCGCCCUGACGAGGAAAAUGCUAACGACGACGAUGACGGAGAUAACGAAGAUCUAGUCUAUUCUGUGUGUUGUCGAAAGCCAACUCUCAGUUUGCGCGGGAAUCCGAGAACCGGACUGAAAGGAGCAGCCUGGGAAACUGCGAGAAUCGUUGACCAGAAACGUAAAGCCGCUGAGUUGUUACAAUCGAGGAACAACACCCUUCCCCAGAUCAUACCCCUCAAUCUGGAAAACCUGACCGUCAGUGACAGUCAGUUCCCGUCCAUUUUUCACCCUGAGUGUAGUAUCUCGAUCACGCGCGUCACCGAUUCUCCUAGGGCAAGACUGGAUCGUCGGCUGGAGAACGUGGAAUUGCUGUCUUGCCAUCCCAUCCAUCCUGCAAUCUUCUUCUUCAUGACUACUUGCAUCACCUUGCGCGUUCAGGAAGGGCUGCUGGCGUUCUCCUUUUACCACAGGCAGCAGUUCCUUCCCAAUUCAGCUGCUCACGAGUUCGCUGACGAAGUUGAGUCUGCGGUAGUCAGUUCUGUAAAAGGAUCAUAGACAAGAUGCAGGACGAAGAGGAUAAUACACUGUUGUCCAAGUCAUACGAAUAUAAGCCUACAUUAGCCCUCGUCCGAGGGUUGGAGGAGGUGAAUUCCGUUGCAAAUAGAUCAGCUUUAAUUGGUUUCCUAAAGAGAAUAGUUGUUGUACAUAAAACUCAUUUUAUACAUAUUUUUUUCACAAUUAUCUGUGAUUGCUCUGAACACUAUCAAGCUUUACAUUUGGCUGUGACUAGAAUGUCAACGGGUGUUUUUUAAGUAUAGUUUUCGGUAUUUAUUGAUAUCAGUGUGAAACAUCAUUUUUGCAAAUUGAAUCUGAAUUUCACGGAAAAUUGGAAAAUGUACUUGUUAAAUGUACUCUACUUAUAAAAUUGAAACUCGCUCCUGCAGUGUCUUAUAAGUACACGGUGUGCUGUUCUAUGUGCAGCUGAUGUGCUGAAUUAUGUGAUAUACUAAAAGUAUUUGACGUAUAUAGAGUUGAGGUUCAUGCAUAUAUAGAUGUGCUUUAUGAAUCACCUCGGUAUUUUGAAGUGCUUGCGUGUAUUCAAAGAGCCUCGUUUGUCUUGUCAUGUGGAAUGUCACACCAUUUUCUGUCUUCUUUUUUAUUUUUUACCGAGAGACCUUCCUCCGUAAACACCGACUAUUCCUCAUACCUCAUACUGAGAGACUUGUAGACGUGAUAGUUAAUCUGUAUUAUAUACAUGAAAUGAACCGUAUUCUAACUUGACAUUUAUCAAAGCAUGUAGUACAGUAAUGUAAAAGAGACUUUGUAUUGACUGUAUCGAUAAUGGAAGUGUUUAAGGAAAAGCUGAUAUGUUAUAUAUAUACAUACAUACACACACACACACACACACACACACACACACACACACACACACACACACACAUAUAUAUAUAUAUAUAUAUAUAUAUAUAUAUAUAUAUAUAUAUAUUAAGAAUUCAACAGUGUACGUGCACCGGAAAAUGUGCAAAAUUGACGUUGAGAAUUCUGCCAUCCGUAGAGGAUAUAUUGUCUAUAACUGGCAUUACUUUGUCACAGUUAAUGCAGAAAUUACCAGUAUUUAACGAAUGUAUAUAUACUUAUAUAUAUGAUUUUGUAUAACUAGUCAUUACCGUGAUAUUACCUUUAUAUUAAAGGUGCUGUUUUUACUCACGAUAGGGCAGCAUUGUGCGUGGUAUCCACAGAUUUAACGAAUUGUAAUAUGCUUUACUUUAACUGAAUGUUAUGUCGCAAAAGUGCAUUUUUUCUUCUUCUUUCGUUUGCUUUUAAAACUGUACCAAAAUCGUUCCUUUCACCGUAUAAAAAAAAGAUAUUUAAAUAUUAUUUACAGAUUAUACUUAGGUUUAAGGUGGAAUAUUCUAUUUUGAAAUAAAAGUUAAUAAAGAUUUUAAAAAUGCA